AUCUAAGUUCCGCUUCUCUAAAUUGAUUAACUAUUUCACACACGUUGAAUGCAUCAUACGGUAUUAAUUUAAGACAUUCUUAAAAUACCACACGUAAGUGUUAUCAGCAUCGUUCCAGAGUCAUCAACCAUCGAUGUGAACAUGCCCAAACGUGAACAAGGCAUACAAGUUUUUAAAAAAUAUCUAACUCACCAUUAUGGCAGAGACAGCAACGUGAUUCCAUUAUCAUAAUAUCUUAUUAUGCCCCACUCCCAGGCCAAAGCCAAACACUCCCUUCCCAAUUUCUAUUAUCCAGAUUUUCAGACACCAUGCGUUGGCAGUGACUGUGUUUUUGUUUGUGCAAGUGUUUUCGCGAAAAUAAAAUAUGACAAAACUCACGCACCUGAUUGGGAUAAUCAAGGACAAAGCGUCGCAGAGCAAGGCGGCGCUACUCUCCAAACGCUCCACGCUCUCCUUGCUACGCGCCACCAGCCACGACUGUUCCACACCACCGACGACUAAGCAUCUGGCCAUGCUCCUCUCAUCGGGAGACGGGCCACGCGCCACAGCCUCUGCCGCGGUGGAGGUUCUGAUGGACCGGCUGCAGGGAACGAACAACGCCGCCGUGGCACUCAAGUGCCUGAUCGCCGUCCACUACAUCAUCCGACACGGCAGCUUCAUCCUCCAGGAUCAGCUCUCGGUCUACCCCAACUCCGGCGGCAGAAACUACCUCAACCUCUCCCACUUCCGACACACGACCGACCCCACCACGUGGCAGCUCUCCUCCUGGGUCCGGUGGUUCGCACAGCACAUCGAGCAGCUUCUCUGCGCCUCCCGCGUCCUGGGAUUCUUCCUCGGAACCGCCAGCGACAAAGAGAGCAGAGAAGACAGAGCGUCGGGUCUCUCCAACGCCGACUUGUUGAGCGAGUUUGACUCUCUGGUGGCUCUGGUCGAAGGGCUUUGCAAGAGGCCCGAGCCCAACGGAAACCUCUUGGUGGAGGAGAUUGUGAAGCUGGCGCGUGGGGAUUGGGGCGUGGUGCAGGCUGAGGUGCGCGUGAGGUUGAACGAGUUUAAGGAGAGGUUCGGGGGGUUUAAGUUUGGGGAAGCGGUUGAGUUAGUUUGCUGUUUGAAGAGGUUGGAACAAUGCGAAGAAAAGGUGUUGGCUACGAUGGAUGAGGCAAGAGAAUUGAAAUUGUGGGAUAUGGUGACCCUAGUGAAGGACAUGGCUGAGAUUCAGGUCUACAGAGAAGAGAGUAAGUUGCGGAGAGACACCCCAAAACUAAGGGUCAGUGAGUCCGAUCGGUUUUCGGGUCGGGUUCUCAAUAACCGUCACCUUCUGUCGUUCCCCUCCGGCAGAUUGUUGUAACAUUUUUUACGUUAAUGUAGAUAAAUACCACAACAAAGAAACCACUUUUUUUCUUCUUUUUGUUUAUUUAUUACCACUGUCUCUU